AUGCACAUUGAGGAAAGGAGGCUGGAUAGGCAUCUCAGAAGAUCAGGGCUCCGAGGAUUGCAACGCUCCUUCCACGUUCCCCAAUGGCGCGCAGCUUUCCAAACAUUGUUCUCCAAGUCCAUUGUAUCGGGGACUAGCCACCUGAGGAGUCAGCAAGAUCCAAGCAGAGGGGAGAAGUUGGACUCUGGGAAGAUGCAGGCCAAAAUCCGACUAAUGAGGACAGUGCUCAGAAGCCGGCGAACCUCGCUCCACGAACUCCAGAGCCAUGAGAACUUCCUCACUAAGCUCAAUCAGGACCUGGUCAAGACUAUCCAGGACUUGGAGAACAGCACGGCCCUGAAAGUGCGGGAAAUGCUGCAACAGCAGGACAUCCUCAGUAACAUCAUCGACAUUUUGGAGUACACAAACAAGAAGAGACUGCAGGAGCUGACGUGUGAGCUGCAGGAGUUUGAGGAGAAGGAGGAACAGAAGAUGAGCUGUCUGGAAAAGCAGAUGGAGCAGCUGAAUGCAAAGAUCAAGAAGACUCAGGAGGAAGUGAACUUCCUGAACACGUACAUGGACCAUGAGUAUCCCAUUAGGUCAGUCCAGAUUGCCACCCUUCUGCGCCAGCUCCAGCAGAUGAGAGACAGGCAGCAGGAUGAGUUGGACGAUCUCAGUGAGAUGCGUAAGUUGGUCCUGCAGGCAGUGUCCAAUAAAAUUCAGAGGAAGAAACAAAGCCUUUUGAAGUCUGUGGUUGUGAAAGUCAUGCAACCCUACCAAGAGAUUCUUGUACAGAACACUCGGGAUAACCAGUAUAUGCUGAAAUACGUGGACGUGUUCAGAGAUUUUAUUGACCAGCUUAUGGAAGAUAUACCCUCAUUACGAGAUGAGGUGCGACACCUCCAAGCCCAGGUCCGAGGACACAGAGAGAUCAUCUUUGAGGAUGUCCUGCUUCGGAGACCCAAGUGCACUCCAGAAAUGGACGUCAUCCUCAACAUCCCUGUGGAAGAAGUGCUACCCUUCUAG